AGUUUUGCAUGACCUUUCCGGGGAACAACGGGCAUAUUUAGUAGCCCGCGUUGCCGUCGCCCAUAAAGGAAUGCCUUCCGGCUUUGGCCCUGCACACAGCGCUGUGCUGCUGCUUGGACGGCAUGCUGAAGCUGGGAUCGGGAGCACGGCGAUGGCGGGGGCCGGGGGGCGGCCCUGCGCUGUCCAGAGGCCUGUGGCCCCUGCUGUUUGGGGUGAGCGUCCUGACCGUUCUCAACUCGGCGGGCCUGAUGCUGCUGCUUCUCCAGCACGCCCAGCUGUCUGAGCGCCUGGCACAGAUGGACGUCCACCUGCAGGAGCUCCUGGGGGAGCGGGCAGCGCCACUGCCCACUGGGGUGACCGGUGACCCCGAGCAGCUCAUCGAGCAUUACCAGUACUCCCGUGACAAGAGGAGCCAGGAUGACGGGCCACCAGCGGGCACCCAGAGGGACGAGCAGCAGGAGAUGAUGAUGAUGAUGACCUACUCCAUGGUGCCGGUCAGAAUCUUGGUGGAGCUCUGUAACAGCACAAAAGGAAUCUGCUUAACAGGACCUCCAGGCCUUCCUGGACACAAUGGAACGGAUGGGUUACCAGGGCCCAAGGGAGACGCGGGAGUGCAGGGCAGGCGAGGAAAAAGAGGUGAAAGGGGGGAUCUUGGAGACAAAGGAGAUGUGGGAGUUGCUGGUCCUCCAGGUGAAAAAGGAGACGUGGGAGUUGCUGGUCCUCCAGGUGAAAAAUCAGACGUGGGAGUUCCUGGUCCUCCAGGUGAAAAAGGAGACGUGGGAGUUCCUGGUCCUCCAGGUGAAAAAGGAGACGUGGGAGUUCCUGGUCCUCCAGGUGAAAAAGGAGACAUAGGAGUUCCUGGUCCUCCAGGUGAAAAAGGAGACGUGGGAGUUCCUGGUCCUCCAGGUCCCCCUGGUCCUGCUGGUCCUCCGGGAAUUCCGGGUCCUCCUGGGCCUUCUGGCCCCCCUAGAGUAGCAAGGAGCAAAAGUCAGGGUGAGACUGGGCAACAGUCCCAGCUCCCGGCCCAGAAGUUUGGAGGGGUGGUACAUGCCAACCCAAAUGAUGACACCUUGGCUGAAAGAAUGGCAAAGAAAGACGCAACUUUUACAAAAACUGAGAACAUAAUAAAAGCUUUACUUGGUCCUAUAAAUGUCACUAAAAUGGAGAGUACAUUCGGAACAUGGAUGCAAGACACGGCUACAGAAAAUGACCCUCGCAUUUGGGUGGUUGAACAUUUCUCUGGCCGAAUAGUGAAGGAAUACAAGAACAUGGAAUCGUUCCAGAAUGGAAGCGCCAACAGCAUUGACGUCAAAAAGUUCUUCCAGGGUUGUGGUCAUACUGUUCACAAUGGGUCCUUCUACUACCAUAUAGCUGGAACCUUCAAGGUCGCGAAAUUCAAUCUGCAAACCCAACAAUUAUAUACGUUGGCCAUUGAGAAUGCCCUGUACCACAACUUGAUCUAUUUCCUCCACAACUCUAAGACGUACUUCAAGUUAGCUGUGGAUGAAAAUGGCCUGUGGCUCAUAUUUGCUUCUAGCAUAGAUGAAAACAUUAUCGUUGCUCAGCUGGAGGAGACCACCUUCUCGAUCACCACCUAUAUCAAUGCCUCCUACCCAAGAACAAAGGCUGGUAAUGCCUUCAUAGCCCGUGGGGUGCUCUACAUCACUGAUGCAAAAGACACGAAAAUCACGUAUGCAUUCGACCUAUUUAAACGGGAACCCCUGAGCGUGAGCGUCGAAUUUCGGGCGCCGACUGGCAUCCUGACCAUGGUGUCCUACAGUCCGAAGAACCAAACCCUCUACGUUUGGGACAACAGUUAUGUGCAAACUUAUGAUGUAGUUUUUCUGUCUGAUGAUUAGUUUUUUUGCAGGGUCAUAGAUAAACAUUUCUCAAGCUUCAACAGAUUUAUGUGCAAAUUACAGCUACAGCAGGAAGAUUUUUUUUUAACCAUUUCAUGUAUAUGCCUAACUGUUAAUGUCUGUGGAAGGACAGGAAUGAGCCGAGGAUCAGCACGUCAAGUAUAUCAGUGCUGCUCAUUCAUCGGAACGUCCAGCUCCAACAAAAAGCGACUCGUGGCUCUGUGUGAAUAUGUACAGCAUGCAGACAGGAUCAAGCACUUCAUUUAAUGGGCAGCUAAAUAUCAGAAUCACUAAACUGUGAUCUAAGUGAUUUUACAUAUGGUGUAAUUGAUACCAUACAAGGCAGUUCCAGUCAUCCUGGUACUUUCACACACAUCAGUGUGCACGGGUUUACAGACAGCACCCAGUCUGGGGCAGCUCUGUGGGCGAAAACACUUAAGUGAGAAGUCAAAGGACAUUAGCUACACUUGCUAAAGCUAAGAGGCUAUAAGCAAACAUAACAGCUCAGUACAACAGUGAACAAAGAGCUCACUUACUGUUGUCCCAGAGACAAAAAGGGGUCGUACUUGGACUAUGUUGGUAUAUUUAAUAAAACAGCUGUGCCAUGUGUUUGUACUUUUUACCAGUGAAAGGAAACAAGCACUAUGCAUUAUGGUGCACUGGGUCCACUGUCUGUGGUCGGGAAUCAAAAUAAUGACCUAAAGAGUCAAUGCUUCAGGAAUAAAUCAGUGACUGAAUAAGAGCCAAUGCCUGGAAUUUCCCACCCUAGCAUUCAUCACUCAGUUUAUAAUUAAAAUUACUCAAAAGAAACUUGUCCAAAACGGCAGCUGGGGUACUCAAGCCUGUCAGCAUGUCUGUCUUUCUACAAAGGAAAAAAGACCUAAAGUACAAAAUUAGCUUCAUGAGAUAAAAAGAAUUUAUUCAACUUACAAAGGUAAAACAUUUAUGGUGAUAGGACUACCAGCAGGUUCACAGACUACCGAGGUCUCCCGGCUUUCGUGUGAUUCUUCCCCAUGGGCGAGAGCAGCAGGAGCUCAAGGUACACGACAGACAGGAAGGGAAAGUACAUUUUGGUUGAACAAUUAAACACAGCUUGGGCCACGGCUUCCAACAGUUCUCGACAGAAACACAAACCUGUCCAACGAGUACCAUACAUUUAACCAAAAGUACAACUAAUUCAGCUCGUAUGAUACAAAUAAAAUAAUAAAGAAAAUGCUUUAAUGUUUAUACAAGCUGUCUUGGUACUUUAUAUAUUUAUAUAUGUAUAUUAAAACUAUUUGGCCUAAGAGAGCCAGACAUUCAUUUGCAAAUGUAACAGUUUCUGCUGUAAUAGUUUGCAUUUGUAUUUUUAAAUAAAGUUUUAUAAUGUCCCAAGA